GGACGCGGAUGAAAAGUACGCAUCAGUUGAAGGCAGGGCCCAGUUUCGAUCGACCCUUUCAAAGCAACUCGACUCUCAUGUGCUAUGUCCUCCGGCUACUCGUAUCUCGUCCUCGUCUCCUGCAUUUGCGCCUCCUGGGCCAAUCCGACGCGGAAAAUUCUUCCAGCUCUUCAAUGGAAAUGCAAGAAGCCAAUCGUCGGAAUAACGGUGUCACCGUUAGUGACAAAGGGCAGCUUGAGGAUAAUGGACAUUUACUGGGACGUUGGAGAGCUAUGGAUGGAGGGAGACUAUGUCGGGCUUUACAAGCAGCAGCCGAGGGCUGAUUCCCCGGCGGUCUUCCUCGCCAACGUGACCGGCGGCCGUGGCUGGGUGAGGACGGGCGUCCAGGAAGGAAGGAGGUUCCAAGAGGUGCCCAACUUCAACAAGACUUGCUUCGGCUUCUGGUCGGCCUACUGGAGACGGGGCCGGGGACUGCCAGUCGCUGCCAGUUGCUUGGGAUCGAAUCCGAGGUGGAUGAGAGAGAACAGAAAGUAUAUCGGCAACCUUAAAUUGACCGAAACCUUUUUCCCGGGUACUCACGACUCCGGAGCGUUUCAAGUUGCUCACAGACCUUUCGAGGAAGACAGAUAUAUGAAAUAUAUUUACGCCCAGGACGAGUCAAUCAUGGAACAGUUAAUUCACGGCGCUCGCUAUCUCGACUUCAGGGUUUCCAAGUACAAAAGCGGUUACUGGCUAAACCACGGUAUCGCAAGGGUGCGACCUUUGGAAAAUUCCUUAAUCUCCCUGAGAGAAUUCAUGAACAAGACCGAGGAAAUCGUCGUAAUCGAUUUUCACAGAUUUUCCGUCGGUUUUACAAAACAGCAAGUUCAUGAUGAAUUUAUUGACUAUUUAAGAAAGGAAUUGGGCCAAUAUACAGUCCCUCCUAUUCAUGGCUGGAGCGCCUCACUCAAUCAGAUCUGGAACUCGAAGAGCCGUUUGAUUCUUGCGUACAAUGACCAGCUGUCUGUGAGAAAACAUUCAGAUUUCCUUUGGGUUCCUGUAUCUCAAAAAUGGGGUGACGUGAGGACGUUGCAAGAUCUCACGGUUUAUUUCAGCCACAUAUUUUCUAACAACCGAAGAAAUGGCAUCAUGUGGUCGGCGAUGACUGAGCUGACGGCUGAUGCGUGGUCGAUCAUAUCGGACAAAAUGAAAGGACUGCGGAAUAUGGCAGAUUCAGUCAAUCAUGAAGUAUCACAGUGGUUUAUCAACGACUGGGGGAGAAAGUGCAAUGCUGUCGCUGUCGAUUUUAUACGAUCGACGAGUAUUGUGGAUUCUGCAAUCGCAUGGAACAAACGUAAAGCAGUGAAUUCACUCUGUGAUGAUGCUCAUUCAUAGCCAUUUAAAUUUUAAUAAAAUAACCUGAAAACUUUCAUUAAGUGUGAUCACAAAUUAUCGAUAUUAAAAUCAAAAGGAAAAAAUGUACUUAAGCAUUGAAAAUAUUGUAUAUAAAAAUGUGUAUUGAAUAAGGUUUGUAAGAUAUUGUAUAUAAGCAAUUAUAUGUAUGAAAAAUAUUAU